UGGAUACUCGAUAAACGAUAGUUGAUGUUCUGAACGUUCUGAUAGCAAUUUGAUUAAUUUUAGUGUCUACUGUCUUCUACUUCAUACUUUUUACAGUUAAAUGUAUGUUGAUGUCUCAGAGUAGUUCACAGAUUGAAUAAUUUUAUUAAUAAUAUGUUUGUGUAUUAGUUAUUAUUCACUUAUAUAAUAUGAUGCCAAAUUUAUAAAUAUAAAUUUGUUGACUGAUUCACAUAGCUUACUGUUCAACAUUAUUCAUCAUAUUUUAUUUUAGAUAUUACCAAACUCGCCGAUUUGUAUAAUACUGUUGUCUAUGUACAAUAUUUAUUUCAAAUUAUCCUUUAUGUUACAUUUGUGUUAUGGGUUUCUUCAAUUCAUUACGAAAUAUAAAAAGAUGGUUCACUGACAAAGCUGGAUUUUCUGGACCUAGAGGACCAACAAAACGUAAACAUGAAGAAUGUGAAUCUUUGAAUAAUAAAAGAGUGCGCAUGGAUGACAGUCUUGUAGAAAUUGUUGAAAUCAGCGAUGAAUCUUUAUCUGAAACCGAAGAGGUGGAAAUUACUGAACCUGAGCUUUCCACCGUACCACUCAGAGCCAGUCCACCUGUUAUGCUUAUUGAGAGCAGGCAGCAUCCAAGAAGAACUAUAUCACCAGUUAGAACAAGAAAUUUAAGUGAAAGUAAUGAGGAAGAUUGCAAAAUUAAAAUUAUAUCAGCUUAUAGCUUACCAAAUCCACAACUUAUUACUAACCGAAGUACAGAAAUGGUUAGAAGUGCUAGUUCUAAGGCUAUACUAGAAGAUAAAUCUUCAAUUACAGCUUCAAUGAAUGGAAUGGAAAAAUUAAGUUCAAGUAUGGAAGGUGGAUUUUCCGCAUUAAAAAUUAAUGAUACAUCAACUAAUUCUAACAUAGAUAAGUCAUUUGCAAUGAUUUUAAAACAUUAUGUUACGCCAAAACCAGAAAUCAACACUUCAAUUUCUAGUACUAGAUCGCCAAUAACUAUUCAUAAAGAAAAUGUUUUAAAUCAAUCAAAAAUAUCUCAGACAUCUGGUAAAGAAAAUUUGGACAUUCCAGAAUUAAGUCUUCACAAGAAUAGAAUAAUCAAGCAUGAAUUAUUUUAUGAACGUAUACUAAGAAAAUUCAAAGAGAAACAAGCAGCUGCAAUUUUAAAUUCUACUUCAAAAACUCAGCAAAAAUCACCCGAAGAUAUUUUCCAAGAAAAACUAGAGAUUAUGAAAAAAGAAUUAUGUAAAAUAGAACCUCAAAAGAUAAAUGCUAUUUUUCCUGGUUAUUCUAAAGAGAUAUGUGAAUCAAUUGCACUUAAAAUGUCAGGACCAUUAAAUGAGUAUGUUGUAAACGGGAAAAAUAUUAAAAGAAUGGAUUUAAAAACUAUUUAUUCACCUACUGCUUGGUUAAAUGAUGAAGUUAUAAAUCAUUAUUUAAGUAUGAUAGUUGAUCGUGAUCCAAUUAAUAUACACUCAUUUGAUACAUUUUUUUAUACUAAAUUAUCAGAACAAGGAUAUCAAUCUGUUCGUCGGUGGUCAAGAAAAAAAGAUAUAUUUGCAUGUAAAAAAAUGUUCAGUCCUAUUCAUUUGGGUAACCAUUGGUGUCUUGUAUGUGUGAACUUCAUUGAAAAAACCGUAAAAUAUUAUGAUAGUUUAGGAGGUGGAAAUUCUCGUUGUUUAAAUAUUAUUUUUGACUACCUAAAACAAGAGCAUGAGAACAAGAAGAAUGAACAACUUGACUGUAGCGGAUGGAAAAUAAUGAAUGCUGAAGAUUGUCCUAAACAAGAAAACGGUUAUGAUUGUGGAGUAUUUACCUGUGUCAAUGCAGAGUAUCUAUCUCGUGAUGCAAAAUUAGAUUUUGUACAAGAUGAUAUGCCUAAGUUAAGGAAAAGGAUAUGUUAUGAGAUCUUAAACAAUCGUUUGUGUUAUUAAACUUAAUCAUCUGUUUCCUAUAACA